AUGCGUUUCUCGAGCUUGCUUGCUCCUGUCUUCUUGGCUUCGGUGGUCAGUGCCGGAGUCGUGAAGCGUUUCCCCAAUGGCGACAAGGGAGGUGAUCACGAGAAGGACAUGGACGGCAGGGGUCGUGGGUCGAGUACCACUACUUCCUGCAGUAUGUCGACUUCUACGAGCACGCCUUGUACGACGACGACUACCCCUUCGACCACUCCUUGUACGACUACCACCACUACCACGUCCACCCCAUGCACGACGUCGUCCAGUACCACCUCAUCCAAGUGUACUACGACGCCUAGCUCUACCACCACCACCACGCCGUGCACGACUUCCUCUAGCACUACCACGUCGAAGACCACUACCCCUUGUACGACGUCUUCUAGUACUACGACGACGAAGUGCACCACGACGUCUAGUACCACGACCACAAGCACUCCUUGUACGACUACGACGUCGAAGACUACCACGACCUCUACUCCAUGCACUACGUCGUCUUCUACUACUACUUCCAAGACUACGACGAGUUCUACUCCUUGUACGACGUCUUCCAGUACUACGACUACGAAGUGCACCACAUCGUCUAGCACUACGACCUCGAAGACCACAAGCUCGACUACCACCCCGUGUACCUCGACCACUACGACCACGACCACCCCUUGUUUGACGACUACGACGUCUAAGAGUUCUAGCAGCACUACUCCUUGCACCACGACUACGAAGAGUACCAGCUCGAGCACCACUCCUUGCACCACGACUACGAAGAGUACCAGCUCGAGCACCACUCCUUGCACUACGACUACGAAGAGUACCAGCUCGAGCACCACUCCUUGCACUACGACUACGAAGA